GAUGAAGCUGAUGCCAUUUUUACUUAAUUUCAAAACUGUUUCGCUGCUUCUGUUGCUGCAGGGAUCGAAGACUCAGUCCUCCACGGUGUACAAUGGCUUGGCAGCUACUCCACCAAUGGGAUGGAUAUCCUGGACGCGUUUUAAAUGCGAAAUCAACUGCGAUGCUAAGCCUUUCGAAUGUAUUAAUGAGCAGCUUUUUAUUGAUACUGCAAAUCGAUUGGUUGAAGAUGGCUACAUGGAAGCAGGCUAUACUCGGCUGAACCUCGAUGAUUGUUGGAGCGCUAUGCAGCGCAGUGCUAAAGGCGAACUUUCUGCUGAUCGUCGGAGAUUUCCUCAUGGCAUUGCUUGGCUAGCUGAAUAUGCUCAUAAGCGGGGCUUGAAACUGGGCAUUUAUGCCAACUACGGCGAUAAAACUUGCAUGGGAUUCCCUGGCAGCAAAGGUCACCUGAAGCAAGAUGCCAUGACCUUCGCAUCUUGGGGCAUCGACAUGCUCAAAAUGGAUGGCUGUUUUUCGAAUACAAACGAAUUUGACAGUGCGUACCCUGAAAUGGCUACGUACCUUAACGCAACUGGACGAGAUAUUGUAUUUAGCUGCAGCUGGCCUUUCUAUCAGCUGGCCGUUGGCAGAAAGCCUGAUUACAAUGCUAUUUCAAAGUACUGCAACUUGUGGAGAAAUUAUGAUGACAUCGACAGUCGUUGGAACAGCAUUUUACGCGUAAUUAACUACUACGAAGAGCAUCAGAGUCUCGUCAUCGGUAAUCCUGGGCUAACCGUUUAUCAAGCUAGAACGCAGAUGGCUUUGUGGUGUCUUUGGAGUGCGCCUUUGUUUAUGUCCAAUGAUUUGCGAAACAUUCGGCCUGAGUUUAAGAAUAUACUGCUUAACAGGGAUCUGAUCGCUGUAGACCAGGAUCCGCUUGGUAUCAUGGGACGAAGAAUUCACGUAGAAUAGCU